GGCACGGAGUUCGGCGGCUGCGACGACAACAGGAAAUAGCUCCUCAAAAUGGAGGAUGGGAAGCCUGUUUGGGCUCCACAUCCAACCGAUGGGUUUCAGAUGGGAAUUAUCGUGGAUAUCGGUCCUGACUCCUUAACGAUUGAGCCUUUAACUCAAAAGGGCAAGACAUUUCUCGCUGCUAUCAACCAAGUAUUUCCUGCAGAGGAAGACAGCAAGAAGGAUGUGGAGGAUAACUGUUCUCUAAUGUAUUUAAAUGAAGCCACGCUCCUACAUAAUAUAAAAGUUCGAUACAGUAAAGACAGAAUUUAUACGUAUGUCGCCAAUAUCCUGAUAGCAGUGAAUCCUUACUUCGACAUACCUAAACUUUAUUCUUCAGAUGUUAUUAAAAAAUACCAAGGUCGAUCACUUGGGACAUUACCGCCUCAUGUCUAUGCGAUUGCUGACAAAACGUUCCGUGACAUGAAAGUGCUCAAGAUGAGUCAGUCAAUCAUUGUGUCUGGAGAAUCAGGAGCUGGCAAGACAGAAAAUACUAAAUUUGUUUUACGGUAUUUGACUGAAUCCUAUGGUAGCGGACAGGAUAUUGAUGACAGAAUUGUAGAAGCCAAUCCACUUUUAGAAGCUUUUGGAAAUGCAAAGACCGUUCGUAACAACAAUAGUAGUCGCUUUGGAAAAUUUGUAGAAAUUCAUUUCAAUGAAAAGAAUUCAGUGGUUGGCGGGUUUGUGUCACAUUAUUUGCUGGAAAAAUCCAGGAUCUGUGUUCAAGGCAAAGAGGAAAGGAAUUACCAUAUAUUCUACAGGCUUUGUGCUGGAGCCCCUGAAGAUAUAAGAGAGAAAUUGUAUUUAAGCUCACCAGAUAAUUUUAGGUAUUUAAAUCGUGGCUGCACUCAAUAUUUUGCUACCAAAGAAACAGAUAAGCAAAUUUUGUUGAAUCGUAAAAGUCCUGAGUACCUGAAAUCAGGCUCUUUGAAGGAUCCUCUGCUAGAUGACCAUGGAGACUUCAUCAGAAUGUGCACUGCGAUGAAGAAGAUUGGUUUGGAUGAUGAAGAGAAACUGGAUCUGUUCCGAGUGGUUGCUGGUGUCCUGCACCUUGGAAACAUUGAUUUUGAAGAAGCUGGGAGCACCUCUGGUGGGUGUACACUGAAGAACAGAUCUACUCGGUCAUUAGAAUGCUGUGCUGAACUUCUCGGCUUGGACCAGGAUGAUCUUCGGGUCAGUUUAACCACUAGAGUUAUGCUGACAACAGCAGGGGGCGCCAAAGGAACAGUUAUUAAAGUGCCCUUAAAAGUAGAACAGGCAAACAAUGCACGUGAUGCCUUGGCAAAAACGGUCUACAGUCAUCUUUUUGACCAUGUGGUGAAUAGGGUAAAUCAAUGCUUUCCUUUUGAGACGUCAUCCUUUUUUAUUGGUGUUCUGGAUAUUGCAGGCUUUGAAUAUUUUGAACACAACAGCUUUGAACAGUUUUGUAUUAACUACUGUAAUGAGAAGCUGCAGCAGUUCUUUAAUGAAAGGAUUCUCAAAGAGGAGCAAGAACUUUACCAAAAAGAAGGUUUAGGCGUCAAUGAAGUGCGUUAUGUAGAUAAUCAGGACUGUAUAGAUUUGAUUGAAGGAAAAUUAAUUGGUGUUCUUGAUAUCUUGGAUGAAGAAAACCGUCUUCCCCAACCAAGCGAUCAGCACUUUGCCUCAAUGGUACACCAGAAACACAAAGAUCACUUCAGACUCUCAGUACCUAGGAAGUCUAAACUAGCUGUUCACAGAAAUGUCCGGGAUGAUGAGGGCUUUAUUAUCAGACAUUUUGCAGGAGCAGUAUGCUAUGAGACGACUCAGUUUGUAGAAAAAAACAACGAUGCUCUGCACAUGUCUCUUGAGUCACUUAUAUGUGAAUCCAAAGAUAAAUUUAUCCGUCAGCUCUUUGAAUCAAACACUAACAACAAUAAAGACUCCAAACAAAAAGCAGGAAAGCUUAGUUUCAUCAGCGUGGGUAACAAAUUCAAGACUCAGCUCAACCUGCUGCUGGAAAAGCUUCGCAGUACUGGCUCUAGCUUUAUUCGCUGCAUCAAGCCUAAUCUAAAGAUGAUGAACCACCAUUUUGAAGGUGCCCAGAUUCUGUCCCAACUCCAGUGUUCAGGCAUGGUGUCUGUUUUGGACUUGAUGCAAGGGGGUUUUCCAUCACGAGCUUCAUUCCAUGAGUUGUAUAACAUGUAUAAAAAAUACAUGCCUGCAAAAUUGACCCGAUUGGAUCCUAGACUCUUCUGCAAGGCUCUCUUCAAAGCCCUGGGUUUAAAUGAAAAUGAUUACAAAUUUGGAUUAACCAAAGUGUUUUUUAGGCCUGGCAAGUUUGCAGAGUUCGAUCAAAUAAUGAAGUCUGACCCAGAUCACCUCGCUGAGUUGAUUAGACGAGUCAAUCACUGGCUCAUCUGCAGUCGUUGGAAGAAGGUCCAAUGGUGUGCUCUCUCUGUUAUUAAAUUGAAAAACAAAAUAAAGUACAGAUCUGGGGCCUGCAUUAAAAUACAAAAGACGAUCCGUAUGUGGCUAUGCAAGAGAAAGCAUAAACCACGCAUUGAUGGCCUGAUAAAGGUUCGCACCCUGAAGAAGCGGCUUGAUAGAUUCAAUGAAGUAGUAAACGCUCUGAAAGAGGGGAAAGCGGAAGUGAACCAACAGAUCAAGGAUCUUGAACUGUCUAUUGAUGCCUUGAUGUCCAAGGUUAAGGCCACAGUAAUGCCUAGAGAGCAGAUACAGAAGGAGUAUGAUGCUCUCGUUAAAAGCUCAGAACAGCUUCUGAGUGCUUUACAGAAAAAGAAACAGCAAGAAGAGGAGGCUGAAAGGCUGCGGCACAUCCAGGAGGAAAUGGAAAAAGAGAGGAAGAGGCGUGAGGAAGAGGAGCAGCGUCGAAAGAAGGAAGAGGAAGAAAGGCGAUUGAAGUAUGAGAUGGAAGCAAAGAGAAAACAUGAGGAGGAGGAGAGGAAGAAAAGGGAAGAGGAAGAAAGACGGAUCCAGGCUGAAGUUGAGGUACAGCUGGCACGAGAACGUGAAGAAGCGAGCCAGCAACAGGCAGUUCUGGAGCAAGAACGGAGAGAUCAUGAGCUCGCAAUGAGGAUUGCACAAAGUGAAUCGGAACUCAUCACAGAUGACUCUCAGCUGGAUCCAGGAUUACGCAGAGACGAUGGAAAAAGCUGUCAAAUGACUGCAGAACAAAUGGCCAAUGAAAUGUCAGACAUUUUAUCUAGGGGACCUUCAGUUCAAGCCACCAAAGCUGCAGCUGGCACUAAAAAGCAUGACCUCAGCAAAUGGAAGUAUGCAGAGUUACGUGAUACAAUCAAUACUUCUUGUGACAUAGAACUGCUGGCAGCUUGCAGAGAAGAGUUUCACAGGCGGCUAAAAGUCUACCAUGCUUGGAAAUCCAAGAAUAAGAAGCGCAAUGCAGAUGCAGAACAGCGAGCUCCCAAAUCAGUUACUGACUAUGAUUUUGCACCAUUUUUGACCAACUCAACUCAACAGAACCCAACAAGUCAAUUACCUGCCAAACAGCAGGAGAUUGAAAUGAACCGGCAGCAGCGUUACUUCCGUAUUCCUUUCAUCCGUCCGGCGGACCAGUACAAAGACCCCCAGAACAAAAAGAAAGGUUGGUGGUAUGCACAUUUCGAUGGACCGUGGAUUGCUCGUCAAAUGGAACUCCAUCCUGAUAAGCCACCCAUCUUGCUAGUCGCUGGCAAGGAUGACAUGGAGAUGUGUGAGCUCAAUCUCGAAGAGACAGGCUUGACUCGCAAACGUGGCGCCGAAAUUUUACCAAGGCAGUUUGAAGAGAUCUGGGAGCGCUGUGGGGGCAUCCAGUACCUUCAGAAUGCGAUUGAGAGUAAACAAGCUCGGCCUACUUACGCAACUGCUAUGCUGCAGAACUUGUUGAAAUAAAGUAGUCACUUCGCACCGUUGGCAGUUUGCAGCUGAGAGCUCCUCCUACCUUAACAAUAAAGGGAAGAGUUCCUCUGAGCAACAGAGGACACUUAAAACAUUCCAUAAUCUUAGACAGGUGUUUAAUAUAAAGUAAGCAGGUUUUAUUAAUCAUGACAGUUUUUAAUUGUACUUCUGCUGUUUUAAUUGGUGUAGUGAACUCAUUAGUUCUGUCAAUCUAAGCAAGUGUUUCAGUCACAUACAUGGUUUG